AUGGAUUCGCCUCUCUGCGCUAAUGGUUGUGGCUUUUAUGGAUCUGAAGAGAAACAAAACCUGUGCUCUAAGUGCUACAAAGAUUUUAUAAAACAAGAACUUGCUAAAGCAGAGGAAGUGCUUGCAGAAGCAGUCCAAGCACUGAUCUUGGAGGAUCCCAUGAACUCCGAUGUAGCUGCUGCAAUUGAGGGUUCGACUUCGAGGGGCGCGAAGAAGAGGUGCAAGAGCUGCAACAAGAAAGUGGGGUUGGCAGGAUUCGUGUGCCGGUGUGCGAACGUGUUUUGUGGAAUGCAUAGGCACCCAGAAGAGCAUGCAUGUAGUGUGGAUUUCAAGGCUGUUGGGAGGGACCUUUUGGCCAAGCAAUUAAAUCUGGUUUGGAAGGAUGACAAGUUGUAG